CUCCUCAGCGAUUAUCCAGAUUCGUCGAACACCUUGUAUCGAUGGGCUUCUCGGUACAAGGAUUUUCCUAGACGCAGGAAUCUCUUUGAUCCGCCAACCAGAAAUGAAUCUCUCGUGAAUCCACCAAACCAGACGGAGAUCUCAAAUCCCGAGGUCCCUCAAAUGAGGGUCCCACCAAACUGACGUCCACCACCUCGAACCGGAACUAGACUCUGAUACCACUUGUCAAACUGUGUCGCUCAUUAGUACGAUAUUGUCCUCUUUGGGCCAAGCCCGCACGUUUUUACUCUUGGGUAUCCUCCCCAAAAGGCCUUGUACUAAUUGGGCUAGAUGGACACUAAUAUACAAGGGUUUCUUCCCUUGUAUUUCCAAUGUGGUACUUGGAUUGUCCCAUAAUAGAAACCAAUGUAUGUACGUGCACUAGCAGCCUUCUUUAUAUCAGUUUCUCAACUCAAGAUUUUGCGGUUUAUGUCAUUCAUAAAAGGCAAUUGACUUCACCAUGUCACCGUGGAUAAGCCAUGUUUAGGGGGAAAUCCACGACUCUGACUAGAGUGUAAGGAACAAAUGCAAUUUCAAGACCAAAAACAUUUACCUUUGACCUUCACCGCAUACGUAACGCGGUGACGCACACCAUCGCAUUCGCCAAGGAGAAGAGACGAAUUGAAAUCCCCCUCAUGUGAGAAACCGUAGCUCCAUAUUUUAAUCACUUCAGUAGACUCGUUUCCCAUUUUUCUAACGCUGAUUCAGUAGCUUGGACGUUUUGUGGGUAGCUGAGUAGUGACAGAGGCGGAGUUUGAGUUGGUGGUUUGGAUUACCGAUGAUGGGAGAACUGGUAAAGUAGAAGAACGAAGGGAAGGGACAAAUAGAAUGGGAAGGAUUAAGUUCUCAUUUUUUUAUUGUAAUUUAUAUGAUAGCGGGAACGAAAUGAAAAUUGGGGAGGGGAGAAACCUAUCAAAGUUUAAAUAAAAAACCCCUUGCUUUCCUCUCCGUUGGUGGGUGCAGGAUUUUUCAAUCGUGCACAUACGCUGAUUCGAGCUUUCCGCCGAGGUGCGUAGUCGGCGCCGAGGUCCGUGGGACUCUCAUACGCUAUAAGUCAACUUUUCGAAUCCUCUUAGGAAACCGAUUCUACUUUUAUUCUUUCUGGUUGUCAGAGUUGCAGGGCCUCUGGGUGGUUGGUUUUCGUGCGGUUACAUUUUCCUUGGUGGUUGUCGUUCAAUUCAACAACGAUGAUGUGGCGGUUAGUGCUCUUAGGGAGGAACAUUCCUUGAUUGGCCGUCUCAUUGGGGUUCUAUCGGCUUUACAUACUAUUAAGAUAGUGAUCACUCAAAUCUGGGAACGAAAAGGAGACUUUUCCCUUUCUCCGCUGGACUUUGGGCUUACGCUGGUCAUUUCAUCUAACAAAGACGACUUGCACUAUGCAGAGACAGGCUCUCCUUGGAUCUUCCCCAAAUAUCUUUUGCAUGUGCGGGCUUGGGUGGAACCUUCACUAUCGGUGGAGGAUGCACUUCGCUGGGCUUCAUUGGAAGCUCAUAUUUUGGGUGUGCCGAUGUCGUGCUGCACCAAGAAUUUGGCCUUUCGACUGGGUUCGGGUCUGGAGAAACCUCCACCCCCACUCUUCAUCGAUCGGCGAUGACAUGCGGGUUAUACAUGAUGGCUGAACUGAUGCUUGAUUUGGCAAUGCCACUACCGGAUGACAUCACAGCGGGACACGUUGAACCCAACAAAGGUAACUUUGUGGCCAAAGUCAAAUUUGUGCGUGUUCCUCAAUUCUGCUUUCUAUGUGGUAUCAUAGGGCAUAUUGGAGUUGCUUGUCCCCAUAAGGAGGAACUAUCGGCUGCACCGCCAAGCUAUGGCCAGCUCUCCUUCUUUAACGAAUCAGGACCACCAAUCGCCACAACUUCUGCCGAGAGGGGCUAGGGGUUUCCUGGAAAAGUCUUCACAAGUUGGGAAACGAGAUAUUUAGGCACUGGCGGGUUCGAGUGGCAUGGCUCCAUGCGAGGAUACUAAUAGACCCCGGGUAGGGAUGGUGGGAGAUCGGCUGCAAACUCUAAGCCUAGAAUCUUCAACUUUGGGUGGACAACAUAUGGUGUCACCAGGUCUCGGUGCCUUCUCAUCUAGGCUGGCGGAUGUAAGCAUGAAGAAUGAGGGGGUUGCCGCUAAGUCCUCUUCCCCAACAACAAAGCGUGCUCGUCUUCAAACACCCAAGUCUUGGCGGCAACUGAUAGGGUGGAGGAAACUAGCCCAGACUAGUCCCAAAUUGAUCAACGAGUGUCCUGGCAUGGAACUGUCGGGUUUAGGCUCCUCCUUGACGGUUCCAACUUUAGGAGGGGCUGUAGCUUGUUUCUAUCCAAGUAUUGUGUGUCUUAGUGAGACUAGAAGGGAUGAUGAGUUUGUCCGUGCAAAGUUUGUUAGCUUAGGGGUUUAAAGAUGUGCGAUGUCAUAGCUCCUCUAGUGGCAAUGGUAGUUUAGCUAUAGCUUGGGCACCUUCGCUCACCUGUAUAGUGCAUUUUAUUGAUGCUUUAAUUUAUUUUUUGGAAUGUACAAUUAUGUUGUGGGUCAGGUUCAGUUUAAUACAAUUAUCCAUUUCCUUUAUUCGAUCUUGUUACCUAUGUUUGUAAUUGGAGACUUCAAUUGUUUUUUUAACUUCAGGUGAAAAGGUCGGUGGUAAUCUGCCUUCUCUAGCAUCUUUGGAUAAGCUUAAUGGCUUUUUGAAUGGUAUGUGUGUUAUCGAUUUAGGCUACCAUGGGUCCCCCUUUACAUGGUCGAACAGGAGAUCGACUUCUGACCAUUUUAUGGAACUCCUGGAUCGGUGUCUCAAGAUUGCUACAACGCUCUCUAUGUGGCCGGAUCUGAAGGUAAUCCACUUAACUGACUUGGGGUCUGAUCAUCGAAUGUUGUUGUUGUGACUCACGAAUCAUGUCUGUCAUACACGUACUCGGUUUCAUUAUAGAAUACCAACUCCGAGGCGCUUGAGCUCAUUACAUUGGCAUGGCAGUAGGAGCUACAUGGGACUCUUCAAUUCCGUGUCUUCAAUCAUUUUCAGCUGGUGCGACAUGAUCUGGUUGAUUGGGCGCAGAUUGGUACGCCCAAAUAUGCUCGGCAAAUCCAUGAAUUCAAGGCGGCCAUUGAAGAAGCAAGAGAGGCUGAGAUGGUUUAUUGGAAUUUGAUCAAGCAACUUGAGAAUUAGCUUUCGGAUGCACAUAAAUAGGAGGAAUUGUUUUGGAAGCAGAAGUCUCGUGUUCAAUGGUUACAAACUGGGGAUGCCAAUACAAGGUAUUUCCACCUUACCAUGCUUUAGCGGCGAAGGAGUAAUCGUCUUGAGGGACUACAAGAAGAUGAUGGUAUCUUGUAUCAUGAUGUUGCCAGCAUGGCGGGAGUUGCAGUUCCUUAUUUCUAGUUGCAGUUUAAGUCAAAUAACAUUGACCCAAUGCCUUACCUCCAUCAUCUUGGGAUGCCACGGAAGGUAACUGUAAACAUGAAUGCAUUCUUGACAGCUGAGGUUGCGACAUCGGAGAUUAAGCAUGCAUUUUCAGUAUUGGCAGCACCUAUCAACCACCCAGUUCCGAUGGAUUCACUGCUGCGUUUUUUCAGGGGCACUGGGGCUUAACUGGCUCUUAUAUUAGUGCAGCAAUUCAUACUUUUUCUUCACCUUAGGAAGGUUGCUUCACAAUUUUAAUCAUACAUGGAUUUCUCUCUUAACUAAGGUGCCAAACGCUGACACUAUGCGAUAGCUUCGACCGAUUAGUCUCUGCCGGGUAUUUUAUAAGAUUAUUGCUAAGAUUCUUGUGGUAGGCUAAGUACAAUUUUGCCCAAUCUUGCAAGUCUUCACCUAAAUGAUUUUGUGCGUGGGCGGUCCAUUAUGGAUAACAUUCUGAAUGGUCAGGAGGUAAUACAAUUUCUAAAGACUAAGGUACAAGGGCGGGAUAAAUGGAUGGCCUUAAAUCUCGAUAUGGAAAAAUCUUAAGAUCGUGUUGAUUGGCCCUUUCUUUUGGGUAUUUGCAGGAAUUGGAAUUUUGUUCGAUCUGGAUUCAUUGGAUUCAAGCAUGCAUUUUUAUAGUAAGCUUUUUAGUCAUCAUCAACGACAAUGCUUAUGGUUACUUUAAACAAGAAUGUGGUAUUCGGAAAGGUGACCCUCUCUCUCCUUUACUCUUUGCUAUAUACACUGAGGCCUUUUCAACAUAAUUGUCUCGCGAAAUCAAUGAUAAUUCUCUUC